GUUGGCUUCCCUCCGACGCCUAAUCCGCGGCAAAAAGARAGAGAGGACGGAAGGAAAAAGAAGGAUCUCCAAAGAGGAGCGGCGUUUGGUGCGCAACCCGAAGGGCGGACGUGAAGGGCUUUCUCUCUCUCUCUCUCAUCCCAAGCGGGCCCUUCGAGGACAAGCCUUCUCCAAGGAGGAGGAAGAGAAGGCGAAGCGGCUUAGAGGAGAGCCUCCUCCUCCUCCUGCUGCUCCUCUUUGGCCCCCUCUUCUUGCCCGCGCUGACACCGAAGGAGCGCAAAUCCGUCGGGAGGGUCUAGAGGCACAACUCAAGGCUCUUGCGCGACUUUCCUCGAAGGGAAGGAGCUCCCCAAGCCCAUGCAUCUGCAGCAAGGCGCGCUGGUGAGCAUGGCCACCGACGGCGGAGGAGGGAGCGCAGGAGGAGGAGGAGGGGGCUUCUCCUUGUCGGGACAUUUGGUCCGGAGCCCCGGAGGAGGAGGAAGCGGAGGAGGAGGAGGAGGGAACCCCUCCAGGCUGCACAGUAUCGAAGCCAUCCUGGGCUUCCCCAAAGAAGACCCUCUCCUGGGAAGUUUCCAAGGCGGAGAGGCGGCUGGAGGGGGCGGCCGGGCGGGCCAAGAGGCGCCGGGCAAGAUCAGCCCCCGGGACUGCUUCCCCAAAAUGCCAGCCGAGCAGAUGCCCGGGCAAGAGGCCGAAGGGGGCCCCGAAGAGCACUUCGAAGAUCCUUUCUGUCCCAAACGCUCGGAGGACUGCCUAAGUCCAGAGUUGCCCGCUUGCAACAACAGUGAUGGCAAACUUUCUGAUGAAGACCAGCCCAAAAAGAAGCACCGGAGGAAUCGGACCACGUUCACCACCUACCAGUUGCACGAACUGGAGCGAGCCUUUGAGAAAUCCCAUUACCCGGAUGUCUACAGCCGAGAGGAGCUGGCGAUGAAAGUCAAUCUUCCAGAAGUGAGAGUUCAGGUAUGGUUCCAGAAUCGGAGAGCCAAGUGGAGGAGGCAGGAGAAGUUGGAAGUGACAUCUAUGAAGUUGCAGGAUUCACCCAUCCUCUCUUUCAACCGCUCCCCACAACCUUCAACCAUUGGGACCAUUGGCAGCAAUUUGCCCUUGGAGUCAUGGCUGAACCCACCCAUGUCCAACAGCAGCCCCCUCCAGACAUUGCCGGGCUUCGUGGCGUCACCCCAAAGCCUCCCCAGCAGCUACACCCCUCCCCCUUUCCUAAACUCUCCCCCCAUGGGACACACCUUGCAACCCCUGGGAGCCAUGGGGCCACCGCCACCAUAUCAAUGCGGGACCAACUUUGUGGACAAAUUCCCUUUGGAAGAAGUCGACCCUCGGAACACCAGCAUAGCAGCAUUGAGGAUGAAAGCCAAGGAGCACAUCCAGUCCAUUGGGAAACCAUGGCAGACGAUAUGAGAAGGAAGCACUCCCUUCUGUGUGCUCUUUGGAGGACUUGACUACAUUAUCCUUGCAAAGUGAACUCAUUCCUUAAACAGAUAGGUCAGGCCUGUUGCUGUCAAGAGGCAUCUACUGCAUAGAAGUGACCUGAGGACUAAAGAGGAAAGGUAGAGCAAGUUAUUUUGGGACUGCAAAUCCCAGCCCCCCUCAGCAAUGGGCCUAGUUGGUCCAGGAUUCUUGGAGUUGUAGUCCAAAAGAAAUACAAUCUCUGAGCUCUUCUGCAGAGAAGCCAUGCUAUCCCGCAAUUCCCUACAAUUUUGUGUUCUUUCUUUUCCCCAUCCUCGGCCAAGAUUUAGGGCUUGAUUCUAGUUUUGUUUAUUUGUUGUAUUUUCUCAAUGAUCUAAUCAUUUGAUAUCCCUGACUUUAUUGGCUGGAUUACAGUAGAGGCAAAGAACAUUGUUGUACUCUCUAUAGGGGUAUUUGUAACAUUAAAGCACAAAUAUUUUCAGAGUGUAA